AUGGUAUCGGCAUUCCACUUAUUCUCAGCUCUUCCAACGGAACUCAGGUUACAAAUCUGGAAGGACGCAAUUCGGCCACGUCUGCCAGCGGCGCAUAUUGUACGUGUUCGUGGCUCCGAUGUACCAGAUCGCCCACAAAACACAAUCUUUUUCAAAAGGGACCUUCGUGUAGACCAACAGCUUUCGCACAGUGAUUGUAUUGCGAUUCAAUCAUGGAGCAGAUAUCUUGAUGGUAAUGACCAUGGUAGCGAUUUCGAUAUAUCGGCAUACUUGAUCGAUGCCGGCUUGUGGACAGCUUGCCGUGAAUCAAGACUCAUGAUGCAGGAGAGCUUUUUGUAUCGCGAAUGGCACUACGGACCGUGGGUGGGAUAUCACAUCUCCGGUGGUGCUCCAUUAUAUAUCACGAUCCGUUCCAAUGACCUAGUUAUACUACAGCCCGAUGAACUUUCCCUCGGAAGCUUUGAUGAUGAAACACUGGGCCGCUUGCACAAGCUAGAACACAUCGGAAUCGAGUACAGACCGGAAUGGGGCAUGGCCCGUUACGAAGAAGACGAAGAAAGCGAACAAGCCUUUGGAUUCGCUGAUAUCCUUCGCUUCGCUGAUGUGAUGAGAUAUGCAACGUGCGUUUGGUUGAUCGAUCAUAACCUAAGACGCAAGGUAGAUGCCCCCCCUUAUGUCGAAAGACAUACUACAUUGAGUUGGAUAACCACGGAUGUUUCUUUCUGGGCGGCGGAUAGGAAGUUCUCCAGCAUUGAUCUUGAAACCAAGAAUGAGGACCCCUUAACUCAUUGGGAAUACAUCAACCCCGUUGCAGAUGGAGAUCAUCAAAAGUCCUCCUUGCACUUUGCAGAUCGAAUGCAUAAGGAGUACAUGAACAGACGCAUCCGGAUGCAAGUUGGUGGACCACAAUUUGGGCUUCUUGGGUGGGAUCACCUUUGA